AUGAGACCUGUGGCAUUAGUUUUAGGGUUUAAGACAUUGUGGGUUUUGGCAUUUUCGUCUCUUUCCAACACUCUGGCGGUGAAUAACAGUGGGAGAUGGUGGGGCAUCAUCAACGUGGCCUCUUCCACCAACCUGCUGACGGACUCCAAGAAUGUGCACCUGGUGCUGGACCCCAGCCUGCAGCUGCUGAGCCGUAAGCAGCGGAAGCUGAUCCGCCAGAACCCCGGCGUCCUGCACAGCGUCAGCAGCGGCCUGCAGAGCGCCAUCAAGGAGUGCAAAUGGCAGUUCCGCAACCGGCGCUGGAACUGCCCCACCACCCAGGGGCCCCACAUCUUCGGCAAGAUCGUCAACCGGGGCUGUCGGGAGACGGCGUUCAUCUUCGCCAUCACCAGCGCAGGUGUCACCCACUCCGUGGCCCGGUCCUGCUCCGAGGGCUCCAUCGAGUCCUGCACGUGUGACUAUCGGCGCCGCGGCCCGGGGGGCCCCGACUGGCACUGGGGGGGUUGCAGCGACAACGUCGACUUUGGCCGGGUCUUCGGGCGCGAGUUCGUGGAUUCCAACGAGAAGGGGCGGGACCUGCGUUUCCUGAUGAACCUGCACAACAACGAGGCAGGACGGAUGACGGUCUUCUCGGAGAUGCGGCAGGAGUGCAAGUGCCAUGGCAUGUCGGGCUCCUGCACCGUCAAGACCUGCUGGAUGCGGCUCCCCACCUUCCGCACGGUGGGCGACUUCCUCAAGGACCGGUUCGAUGGCGCCUCCCGCGUCAUCUACGGCAAUAAGGGCAGCAACCGGGCCUCGCGCGUGGAGGGGCCCCACCUGGAGCCCGAGAACCCGGCCCACAAGCCGCCCUCCCCCCACGACCUCGUCUACUUCGAGAAGUCACCCAACUUCUGCACCUACAGCGGCAAGAUGGGCACAGCGGGCACAGCCGGGCGUUUCUGUAACAGCUCCUCCCCUGCCCUGGACGGCUGCGAGCUGCUGUGCUGCGGGCGGGGCUACCGCACGCGGACCCAGCGCGUCACCGAGCGCUGCAACUGCACCUUCCACUGGUGCUGCCACGUCAGCUGCUUGAACUGCACCAACACACAAGUGUUGCACGAGUGCUUGUGA